AUGGGGAGGCAGCCGUGCUGUGACAAGCUGGGGGUGAAGCGGGGGCCGUGGACCGCGGAGGAGGACAAUAAGCUUGUCAGCUUCAUCCUGACACACGGUCGAUGUUGCUGGCGAGCGGUGCCUAAGCUGGCGGGGCUGCUGCGCUGUGGCAAGAGCUGCCGGCUACGGUGGACUAACUAUCUUCGCCCUGACUUAAAGCGUGGUCUUCUCACUGCUGAUGAGGAGCAGCUCGUUGUCGACCUCCACGCAAAGCUCGGCAACAGAUGGUCCAAGAUUGCUGCCGAGUUACCUGGGAGAACAGACAACGAGAUAAAAAAUCACUGGAACACACACAUCAAGAAGAAGCUCUUAAAGAUGGGCAUUGACCCAGCCACACACCAGCCUCUGGCAAACACCAAGGCGGAUAGCCCAAUAGGGACUACAUCGCGAACCACAUCAUGCAAAUCUAGCAACACAGGAAAUCAUCUGGAUUACAAGGAGCCCUGCUGUGAAGGCGUGUCAAUGCCCAUGGAUUUGUCAGAACAGUCGAGCAGGAACACAAGCGGUGACAACCAGGAUCCAUUGGCGAAGUGGCUGUUAGAGGAAGAGCUGCCCGUCGAUGAGCCAUGGCUUAGUUUUGCGAGCAGCAAAGAUGACGAGUUCGGCAGCAUUACAGGGCAGUUACUGUGGGAUGGAACGACAGAUUGGUUGCUUGAUUACCAAGAUUUUGGCAUCGGCGACUCAAGCUUGGUUGACCAAGAUUUUGGCAGGGGUGACUAG